AAACUCUCGGUCCACCCUUCACUCUCACUUCACGGACGCUUUACUUUGUUGGUUAUUUCCAUGCACUCGAUGGUUUUCUCUCGUCUCACAAUGUCCGGAGUUUGCGGAGCUUCGGCCCUCGCUGUGGCCUUACUCCUCUGCGGUGUUGGUCUGACUACACAGGAGCAAACACCGACUCCUUCUCCAGCUCCGACUCCUUGCUCCUUCAGAUCCAACACCAGUUGUGCAGAAUGCCUGCAGAAUGUGACAUGUUUGUGGUGCAUUCCAACCCAACAAUGCAUUGACUACCCAGUGAGGAACAUCCUGCCCCCCAGCAGUGUGUGUCCUUUGACUGAUGCACGAUGGGGGGUCUGUUGGGUCAACUUCCAGAUUUUGAUCAUCACCAUGUCAGUGUUGGCUGGCAUCAUCGUUAUUGCCCUUCUUGUUUGCUGCAUCUGCUGCUGCAAAUGUGAAAGAAUUGGAAACAAGAGAGAAGAUGCAAAGGUGGAGCGACAAAACCGUGCGAGGAAGGCCCGUCAGAAGGCAAGGAGAACAGAAAUGCAGAUGAGGCAUGAUGAAAUCAGGCAGAAAUAUGGUCUGGCAAAGGAUAAUCCAUACUCCCGGAUGGACGACCAUUAAGCAGAAUCUCAGCGAUGAUUUGGAUUCAAAAGAAAAUCCCCAUUGAUGCCAGUAACAUUGAGAUACAGCACACAAGUAGCAUAUGAUAAACUGUGAUUAUGUAGAUUGAUUUCAGUGGUUCAAUGAUGACAAAAAAAAGUCACCAAAAUGUUCUGAAGCCAUUUUGACUGACUGUGUACUGUAUUCCAAACGUGGUCCGUUCACCUGUUUCAUUUUUUAUAAUCGUCACUCUCUGCUACUAAUGUUUCGUCUGCCUUCAUUUUGACGUGAAUGAGUGUGUGAAAAUCUGUUCAAUUGACUUGUUUUUCUGUCCACACAGGAAACAAAAUAUAAACGCAAACCUGUCAAAAGAUAUUGUCCACCAUGAUAAGCAAACAUCACUGUAUUCAUUUGCAUAAAAUGCAGUAUUAUAAAAUUGCCACAACUCUAGAGCUGAUUGGUGCUUAUGGUUUUUUUAAAAUAUGCUUUUUAAACAAAUAAAAUUAUCACUUUCACUUUCA